AUGAAUAGAUCAUGUCUCUGUAGUAUCUUGACCGCCACUGCUCUGAUCUGUGGCGCUUACUUCAUUGGAAAUGCUUAUAUUGAUAAAGAACUUAAAGAGAAAUUGCUAAGAUGGCAAAUCAAUGAUCAGAUACAUAACGUCACUGCUAAGUUGCAUAAUGGCACUGAUAAGAGUCAUAACAAUCUCAAUAAGCCAUUGGGUAGUGAAGCAUUACCGCAAGGAAUUAUCGCCAAGACAUCAAACUUGGAAACGCAACAUCUAUGGAACUACCGUCACAUAGAAAAGGGGAAGCCGGACCGUGCAAUGAGUUUGUUAGCCAUGGCAGUUGGAAUCAAGCAAAAGGAGUUAGUCAACAAAGUUAUCCAAAAGUUUUCUCGAGAUUUUGUGGUCAUGCUUUUUCAUUACGAUGGGUUUGUGGAAGAUUGGAAGCAGUAUCCAUGGAAUGAGCAUGCAGUUCAUGUUUCCGUGAUGAAUCAAACAAAAUGGUGGUUCGCCAAGCGGUUCUUGCAUCCUGAUAUAGUUGCGGAGUAUGAGUAUAUAUUUCUUUGGGACGAAGAUCUUGGUGUAGCUCAUUUCAAUCCUCAACGAUACCUAUCCAUUGUCAAAGAAGAAGGUCUUGAGAUAUCCCAACCCGCUCUCGACACUACAAAAUCAGAGCCGCAUUAUCCUAUCACUGCUCGUCGCAAGAACUUGAAAUUUCAUAGGCGGAUGUAUAAAAAUAAAGGUAGCGGUCGAUGCGAUGACCAUAGCACCAAUCCUCCCUGUAUCGGGUGGGUAGAAAUGAUGGCACCUGUUUUCUCUAGAUCAGCAUGGAGAUGUUCGUGGUAUAUGAUUCAGAACGAUUUGAUCCAUGCCUGGGGCUUGGACUUGCAGCUUGGUUAUUGUGCACAAGGUGACCGGAAGAAAAAUGUAGGUGUUGUUGAUGCCGAGUACAUAGUUCAUUACGGUCUUCGCACACUCGGUGUGAUUGACUCCGCUUCAAGUUCAUCGGGAAAUGAGACAAUGUCGAAAUCAGGGAAGGUUUUACAUAAAUCAUCUUCAGAUUCUCGUGAAGCGGAUAAUAGAGCACAAGUGAGGAAGAAAUCAUAUGUGGAGAUGAAGAGAUUCAAGGAACGUUGGAAGAAAGCUGUGGAGGAUGAUAUAUGUUGGGUCGAUCCGUAUUGA